GGGGCUGAAUGCUUUUUAAAGUGUGUAUUUUUACAAAAUGUCAGCAGGGCCUCUGAGUCAAAGGGCUGCUGGAGUGUUUCUGCUUAUUGAAGGAGAAAAAUACACCUUCAACUUCACUGCUGCCAGAGAUGCCUGCCUAUUUCUGAACGUCACCAUGGCGCCCAGAUGGAGCGAGCAGUGCAGCAUGGACUGGAGACGUGCAAAUUUAGAAGAAACUCCAAAUAGAUCAACAACCAGCCCACAAAGCUCCAUAUUCUCUACCACUCUGACAACACUGACCCAAACCUCAACGCCUGCCACACCUCUGAUCAAAUCAACAACCAAGGCUCCGCCUUCAACACAGCCAACAACAACAAAAGUCCCUGAGAAGACAUCUUUCAUUUCAACUUCUUCUGUCCUAGUCAAGAGACCACAUUCAACCAGGAUUUCCUCCACCUUCACCGUUCCUAAGCCUUUCUCCACCCAUCCUACUUCUCUUUCUCACCGGAUCACCUCAAAGCCCACUGUCAUCAGUUAUGCCUUUUCUACUUCUGCUCAUGUCUCUAAUUUCCCUGUUUCCUCUGUGUCGGUGAUGCCAAUGUCGGUGAGCCCCGUAAAACCGCCUCUAGGAGAUGUACCAACAGCACUCAUCAUUCUUGGCAUCAUCCUUCUGCUCCUAACAGCAGCAGGCGUUGUGUGGUAUUACAAACUUGUUACCUGAUAAUAUAAUUUUCUCCUAACUUACUGAGGAGAUUUAAAAAGCAUCAAUUAUUCAGUUGCAUGAUCAUAUGCCCCUAAAUAUCUUGUUUAUUAUUUUGAAGACUGAGGUUUGUCUGCAGUACAAUUCCCUGUUUUUUUUUAUCAUUGGUUAAUUAUAAUUAUCCUACUUGAUUAGUACCACUAGAAAACACCAUACAAAGCAUUUGAUUACAUUAAAAAUCGUUUCUUUAAUGAGCUUUAAAUGUUAAUUGGAUUUAAAAGAUACAUUUUAUUUUUGUCAUUUUAUUGUCUAUUUGCUACUCUUUUGCCACGGACUUGAGCAGACUGCAA